AAACCCAGUUUCCAGUGUUUUCACAAACUUUUUGAUACCAGAAAAGAACCACAGAAGAAAAGCUAAAGAGAAGAGAGAGAUCUUAUGGCAUGCUUUAUGCCGUUCAACAAUAGGAACUUAGAUAUAAGUAUCUUUGUGUUUAGGCCAACAGUAGUACACGUUGAGGAGCUUCUUGCUGGGUUAAAGAAAUUCUCUUUGUGCACCGAGACUCUUGGUUGUGUUCAGAGUUCUAUCUUGCAGAGCAUCCAUGGAAAUAUGAUCAUAUGGUUUGGAGCAUGGCUGAAGAGAUCUUCCGAAAAUAAGGAAUCCUUGACUGCAAGCCUUCUCUCAAUGCUCUCGAACCUAUCUACAAAGGCGAUCUUGGUCGAUCACACCUUCUUCGAUGCCUAUGCAGGAGAAUCAAGAGACGGGUCUUGUGCGGCAAAGUUCUGCACCGGCGACACAGUCUCAUUGAGUGUCGCAUCCUUCAAUGGUGCCGCUGAUGUUAACGAUAUCUCUUAUGCAUGCUCAGCUCUCUUCAAGUCUGGUUUCCACAAGAUGGAAGGCGUGAGAUCUGGGGUUUGUUUCAAAUGCCAAACCAAGCCAAGCGUUGCUUCUUUUUACGUGUGGAAGUCUCUUCAAUAUUGCUACUCGUGGAUUCUGAGCUCGGACCAAAGAAAGUUACUGCUCCCUUAUUUUGAGACCUACUCUAUUGAUAUCAAGUAUGACAUUUUUAGAGUGGUUUAUGUUAGUGGCGACAAUGAACCUAAGUUUCAGUUCUUCUAUCCUCAUCACCAAAUAUUGGAGAAAACAGCUCGAGGAGAUAGCAAAGAUGAAGGUAAGCUUAUGCACAGUGCUUCCAUCAUCUGAUCAAGUAGUGUAGUCAUCUGGCCACGUCCCACGUACGUACGUACUGAUUAUUGUUUUGUAAAACCUACAUGCAUAAUGUAUAGGUAAAAUUUUUCACAAAUGGUGAGAUUUUGUCCAGAAUCAUUUUCCAAGCAAGAUUAAAAUGGUUUGAGUGAUACUAUA